AUGGAGCCUCUAUUCACCGGUGUUUCCAACAACGCCAAUCACCUCUACACUCUCCUCUCCUGCAUCGGCUUUGCCUCGAAAGCUACCGUCCAGAUUACACCCGAAGGCCUCCGCUUCUCCGUCGAAGAAGGCCGCGUUAUACAAGGCCUCGCUUUCCUCGACAAGUCUCUCUUCACCAGCUACACAUUCAAUGCGGCCCCAGAAGAUCCCAACCAAGCAGAAAUUUCCGACACGCAAGAUUCCGACGAGGUCACAUACCCACACUUCGUCGUUUCUCUCUCCGCCCUCCUCGAAACACUCAAGAUCUUCGGUAUAAACGAGGUUCAAGAACCAAACGCCCGUGACACCAGUCUCCCACAUACCAAUCCCGCCUCAAGUGCAUUCGCCGCGCCAGCGCUGUUGAUGGAUCGCUCCUGUACCUUCCAAUAUUUAUCCCACGGGGCGCCAUUUAGCAUCGCCAUCGCUGAGGCGGGCGUUCAAACAACAUGCGAACUGGUAACUUACGAACCAGACGCCGAUGAAUCUGACAUCCCCCUCCAACGUGAUGCGAUCAUUAUGAAAAUUAUCAUGCGAUCUGCCUGGCUGUACAAUUCUAUCGCAGAACUCGACUCUUCGGCACCUACCAUCCUCAAACUGUCUGCGUCCUCCAAGCAGAAACCGUUUUUCGCGCUCUCUGGGGCCGGCGGGCCAUUUAGUGAGUCCACUGUCGAGUUCUCCAUGGGCCAACACAAUGAGAUGCACGGGACGGCCCCAGGACAGACAACGCAGGCAUCGCAGGGUAUACACAAAGUGCUAGCAGAUGAUGAAACUUCCCGAGCACGCGCAGCGAAGUCAAAACUUGGUCCGACUGCUACUGAGACAUUCAUGGUUUCGCCACCUGCGUCGAUGGGUGAGCGCAUCAAGCAGAGUUACCGGUUUGCGCUAGUCCGCAAGGCGGCAAGGGCCAUGUCCGUUGCCAAUAAGGUUAGUAUAAGGGGGGACCAGCAGGGCGUGUUGAGUCUGCAGUUCAUGAUUGAGCUGGAUGAGGGUCAACCCCCGGCUGGGCGUUCUAUUGGGGCUGGUAUUAAAGGAGUUGGACCGGUUUGUUUUGUUGACUUCCGAUUUGUGCCCUUGUUGGACGAGGAGGAUGCUGAAAUGGAUGUUCGAGAGGACGAGUAA